UCUGUAUCUCGGCCUCGGCGCCCUAGGCGCAGGCGCUUACUACUUCUACCGCGCUGGCGGCGAUCCUAAGCUCGCGAAGGAGGAGAUGAAAUGUACGUGCCUCGAAGCUACUACCUUGCAUACCAAAUCGGCGUCGGUCGUGUAACACCCGCCCCGGGAACUAUUACUAACCUGGCCGGUAUAGAUGACAUGACCAAAGUCCGCGGCAAAGCACCCACCGGGGGACCCGGGGGUGACCGAGCCGAGCGAGCUGGCGAGAAAGCCGGCCUGGAAACGAAUCUGAACCUUGAUGAGGCUGUAUGAAUGCGUCCCAAUGCACCUUUACCUCCCCCAUCCGCCUUCUCAGAUGUUAACAGUGAAAUAGGCCUACAACCCUAAGACCAAAGACACCGACCUCGCAUCCCAGGCGCAGCGGAAGCUAGAUGACCUCGGCCAGGCUGGUAAGGACCAGGCGGC